UUCCAUCUAACUGGUUGUUUUUAGUUCAUCAAAUCUCGGCGUUCGGUAUUCCUUGCUGCUCUAUUAGUGUGAAUUCUACGAUACUGAUACUAUACCAGUUUGCUUCGCGCAUUUCUCUUCACGUAAUUCGUUCAAUGAUAUUUUUUUGUGAUGAUUCCUGAGUAGCAAACAUGUCGGUUCACUACAAAUUCAAAUCCACAUUGGAUUAUGACACAGUUUCAUUCGACGGACUUCACAUAUCCGUUGCCGAUCUCAAAAAGGCAAUAUUCCAUCAGAAGCGUAUAGGGAAAAAUACGGACUUUGAUCUGCAAAUAACAAACGCUCAGACCAAGGAAGAUUACACCGACGACAAUGCUCUCAUUGCAAAAAACACGAGUCUCAUAGUAGCUAGAGUUCCGCUGACCGUACAACAAAAGAGAUCGUGGGAUAGAAAUGAGCAACCGACUUUUGCUAAUUCCAAAGAAGAAUCCAACAUGGGCAGAUCCGUCGAUUUGACUCGAUUGGAUGGUUCCGAAGAUGACAAAAUUCGUGCUAUGAUGACUCAAUCCACUCAAGACUAUGACCCAUCCAAUUACAUGAAAAUACGAGGUGCUAACCAAACGGGCGAAGUACCACCAAACUACCGAUGUUACAAAUGCCACCAACCGGGUCAUUGGAUUAAAAAUUGUCCCUCUGGCGUUGACCGAGAACCGAUAGAGAUUAAGAAGAGUACGGGAAUACCGAGAAGUUUUAUGGUCCCUGUGGAAGGUCCCUUAGUUCCUGGAGCGAUGAUGACUCCCACUGGACAUUACGCGGUGCCUGCUAUCGAUCAUCAAGCUUACAAGGAAGGAAAAAAAGAACGACCGCCGUUCGCACAAGAUCCUGAGCCGGUAGUCGAAAAACCGGAAAUUCCGGAGGAUCUCUUGUGCAACAUUUGUAAAGAUUUACUCACCGAUGCAGUUAUGAUACCCUGUUGCGGUAAUUCAUUCUGCGAUGAGUGUAUCCGUACGUUUUUACUGGAAUCUGAGGAACACGAGUGUCCCGAUUGCAGCGAAAAAGACGUAUCUCCCGAGACUCUGAUACCCAAUCGGUUUCUGCGUAACGCCGUUAUGAAUUUCAAAAAUGAGACGGGCUACGCGAAACGUCAAAUUUAUAGGCCCAUCGCUCAAUCGAAUCAGACGGCUCAACAACCUGCCAUUAAGAUUGAAAAACCUAAAGUGGAACAACAACCGUCAAUCGUAGCGUCGCAGCAGGAUAGUAACCAACUUUUAGCAACAACGACGAUCGUGGAACCUUCAGAAAUUCCCCCCAAUACUCCCGAUUCUGCAAUGCCUCAACAAUUUGAAGAACCAGUUGUAACAUCGAUCUUACCUGGGUUGCUCGAAUCUCCUCCGGAUACCGAGUUACGCGUCGACAACUUGACGAAAUUGGCAGUUGAGGAGGAACCAGAGGUUCCCCCGCCACCAGGUACUGAGCCGCUAUUGCCCAUUCCAUCGGUUAAUCAAACUUCUCCAGAAAAAAGUUUGGAGCGUAAGGACAUUAACCCAGAGGAGAAGAGGGAACACGAAGAUGAUUACUCGGAAGACCAGAGGCCGCACGAACGCAGACGUAGUUUCAGUAAAGAUAAUCAUCGCGAGAGAAGGGAAGAUCACAAUCGAAGAUUCGACAACUUUAGAACAGUAAACCGCAGGCGGUCUCUUUCACCCAGACAUUCGCAACGUGUAGACUAUCCGUCUCACGGUGCUCCGUCUCCUCACCGCAUGAAUCAUCCAAGCUCCAAUAAAAGCUAUCAGGAUCUACCUCCAGGAAACAAUCGUUAUCAUUAUUGCGCCGAUCAGAGGGACAUUCGAAGAUCGACCGAAGAUCGACCUGGAACACCUACGAUCGACGAACCUCAUCUACACGGGCCAACUUCUGUGGCGAGUCAGCAACCACCCCUCUUACCAUAUCCACCGGGUGAGGAGCGUCUCACCGGACAAUCUCAGCCACCGCCGCAACAGCCAAAUUAUAAUCAACCACCGCCAAAUUUGACGCCGCACAAUGCCCUGUUGCCGGAUCCUUUCAUGGCUCAUAGAAUACCAAUGUAUCCCCAACAUCAAACUGCUCCGCACUAUGGACCACCGAGAUACGAUAGGCCACCUUAUCAACAAUCGGGUUACAGAGGAGCACAGAUACCCCGAAAUUAUAACGGCCCACCGAGGCCGAUGCGAGGAAUGCAUCACAUGGGAUACAGAGGAGUACAACCACCUCCACCGGGAAUGGGACGAACAAUACACAACGGAAAUCCUCCUGGCGGAGUAAUUGUCGACCCCCUCGAAGCUUUUGAACGCAUGUUGCGAGAAAAAGACGAACGUGAUCGCCGUCUCGGCAAGCACCGAAGACGCAGUCGCACGCGUUCGAGAUCGCGAAGUUACACGAGGUCGCGAUCACGAUCAUUUGGACGAAGGUCACCGUUGCCACCGCGAAUCAGCAGAUCUCGCAGUCCACCUCCAAAAAGACGAUCCUCGAGAUCUCCUCCACCACUCCGACAACGAAGUCGUACACCAAAACGAAGAUCUCGGAGUGGUAGCUUCUCAAUCAGCAGAUCCAGAUCGUAUUCUCGGAGUCAAUCACCGCGUGGUUCUAUCUCGCGAGACAGAGACAGGGAUCGCGAUCGAGAUCGGGAUCGUGACAGAGAACGCGAUAGAGAAAGAGAUCGGGAAAGAGAACGCGAUUUGCCACCUCGAUAUCGAUCUCCUAUAAGAUCUCCGCCAAGAUUUCACAGAGAACGGGAACGUGAACGAGAACGAGACCGUGAACGCGAACGAGAUCGACCGAGAUCUCGUGAACCGCGUGAAACACGUGAACCGCCAGGUGGCAGUUACAACAAUUAUUACAACGACUCACCGGCUCACGACUAUGGUUUCCGGGAGCGAGAAAGAGAUUUACCACCGCCUUCGUUGCCGAGAGACCGUCCGCCGAUCGGUCCACCGCGUUAUCCGUCACGCAAUCAUUCAUCGCAGCACAAUAUACCACCGUUGUUGUCUCAUCUACCACCGGUCGGCGGAGGUUCUCAUCCACCUCCGCUCAUGUCGCUGGGACCGCCACAACCGGACAGGAAAGACUAUUAUGAUUCCUACAACAGGUAUUCCGGUCCAGGUUCGCAAAGGUUUAGCGGUGCAACGAGUCCGCUACGAGACACGACAUACAAGCGUCCUUUCGACGAUGUCGCUCCACCCGGUACCGAGGGAUAUUAUGAUCUGCCACCACCAGGUGUCGAUCAUCCGGAGAAAUUUCCUCGUGACGACCGUGAUAAACUACGUAUCUCGAAAGAACACGAGGAUCGUGAAAGAGUCAAAGACCAUGAGGGCGAUGACCGCGAGCGGAUCGGACUCAGAGACGAAAGGAAUCGUGAACGCGACGAUCGCCUUGACCGCGGACGUGAACGAGACGAUCGUGGCGAUCGCAGACCGAUGGACCGUGAGCGCGAACGAGACAGAGAACGGGAACGGGCUGGCGAUCGUGAUAGAGAUGAUCCGAGAGAUCGACCAAUAUCUGGACGCGAGCAUCAAGAUAGAAUCCGUGAAAAAGAGGAACGCGAAAGACGAGAUAAAGAGAAAGAACGCGGUGAUGACAGACACUUCCGGGAUCGUCGCGAGGCUGACGAGAGAUCGAUCGAUAAGAGGGAUUACGAGAAGGAUCGUUACAGGGAAGAUCGCGAGCGGCAUAGGAUGGAGGAGAAAUCACGUGGACGAGAGAGAGAGCGUAAGGAACGUGAUUACGAGAUGGAAAAAGAUCGCGAUCGUCACGAGCGUUACGAGAGACACUCUGUCGAUCGUAAGAAGAUGAAAAAGAGUUCGAGCCCCCAUCCGACGAAACGCGGUAACGACGCGAAGGAAGUUUCCCCCGAACGUACUACAAAUAGCGCAACUACGACGAGCAAACGCAAGGACAAGGAUCACGAUGAGCGAUCCGAUGAAAAGAAAAAAGAGAAAAAGAUUAAGGAAAAGAAGAAGAAGAAAGAUGGUGAGGAGAAAGAAAAGAAGAAGAAAAAGAAAAAGGAGAAACGCUCGAAUCUGAAAGAAUUAAUGAAGGAAGAGGCUGCUGCUGUGAAAACGAGAACGAUGGAAACUGAGAAUACUAUUGUUGAGACGAAAUCGAGCUUGAUUGAAAAUCUAUCAGCCAAAAUAGAGGACCCGAUUAUUGAACCAGACGGAAUAAGGUUAUUGGACGAUAGUGUACAAUCGCUGAUAACAUCGUCGAAAGAAACAUUUGAGGAUAAAUCGUUAUCAAUGAAUCCGGAACCGCCGGAAUCAUCGAUAGACUCGCAACGAAUGAUCGAGUCGACAACAGAAUUCGGUACCAACCCACCGAACCCCAAUUUCAAACCAAUCCCAGAGGUCGAAGAAGAAGAUGACGAAGACGACGAAGAAGAGGAAGGAGAAGAAGAGGAUGAAGAAGACAGAAAAUUAUUGGCGACUCGAUACGACAGUUUGGAGAGCAGGGAAAGAAGUGUCGUCGAAAAAGUCGAUGAAAAAUAUUCGAGGCGGCUAAUCGAUGAUGGCGAAGAUGAGAGCAACAGCAACCUCGAGACUACUAUGUCGUCGAUCGAGGCGGGACUUACGAAUUGCGGCGGUGUAACAACAACCACCGGAACAAUGUCGAGCCAAUCAUCGAACGAGCCAAAAAUUGAUAUGCCAAGCACCGAAGGUAAAUCACCGAAAAAGGACGAAUUUUUGGCGCAACUUCCAGAACUCUCGAAAUGGGAACGCGACGAUACAGCAGAGAAAUUCGACACCGCGAUCGAAUCCUUGUCGACGGAAGAGCCCUCAGCUGCGGGUAGCAGCGACGAGUCCAAAUCCACCAAGGUCGUUACGUCCGAAGUUUUGAAGAGAGCGGAAAAUGCAAUAUUCCAAAAAGCCAUUAACGCCAUCAGGCCGAUCGAGAUUAAGAAAAUAAGCGAGAGUCGCAAGAUACUCUAUCAGAACCCUGAACCAAAGAUAAUGGAGCCGGAGGCAGUGACGACAGUAGCGACGGCGACAACAACAGUCGCGACUAAUCGCGAUACGCGUAAGAGCGUCAACGUAACGAUAAACGUUGGUAGGAACGAGCGAAACGUAGAAAUAACGGAAAUGGCGAAGAAAUCAAAACUCGAUAGAACAAAAUUCAAACCAGUGCCGGAAAAUUCGAAUCAUUCGCCCACGAGAUUAUCGGCGAAGGAGAGGUUGGGUGACAAAAUUGAGGACGAGAAAGAUAGAAAGGUGGGCGUGGCUGCGGGUACGGGAGGGACGUCAGCGGGGGUGUCGUCACCGGCGGUACCGUCGGGGCAUGCGAAAAAUUUCACCGAGCGGAGAGAUUCAGGAAAAAGUGAUUCAGCGAGACAACGUUCGAGAUCACCGAGAGCUCUGAGAGAUCGGAGAUCAUCACCGAUCAUCACCGAACGACGCAGCGGUGAUCAGGCAUCGAUUGCCGUAAUUUCGAACAACGAUCGUAAAGUCUUUUUGGACGAUCGUAAGCGAGAUCGCGAGAGGAAUGAGAGAGCCCGCGAGCGAAUCGACAACAAAAGCAUCAACGAGAGACACGAGUCGAGGAGCAGCGGAGCGGGUGGCGGUGGUGACUCGAGAGAGCAGAGGACCACCGACCCUCGAUUCGAAUACCGAUCGAGGAGCGAUAGACCCGAGAGAGAACGGGGCGAGAAGGAUCGCAGCAGUGAUCAUCGUGCUCGUACACCACCGACCCAAAAUCCUAAAAGAGAUCAACAUUACAAAAAUCUUAUUGCCGCGGGUGCUCUUAAGCGCAAGGAACCGAGCGCGGGAACUACGAGUCUGACGGAGGACGAGAUCGAGAGGAAACGGGAGAAAAAAUCGAGAGAGGAGAAAAAACGAAAGAAGGAACAUAGAAGCAGAAGUAAAUCGAAGGAUCGGAAAAAACGCAAGGAGAAGAAACACAAAAGGGACAAGGAUAAGUCGCAGGAUAAGAAACAGAAACACCGCGAUGCUGCGGCUUCAUCCUCGACAGCAGUUCCGACUCCGAUGGAGGCAGCUUGGAACCGUGAUAAAAUUACUACGGCCGAGUCGAGCAAAAAAGACGACAAUGAUUCGCAUAUCGAGGCGUUAUCGGCGACCGUCACGGCAGUCGCGACGAUGAUGAAAAAACAACGCAAAAAUCCGAGGCUCGUCUCCGACCGUAAGCGAAGUGUACUCGACGAGGCAAACUUCGAACCCGAUUAUUCGGCCUCGGAAUCCGACUCCGAGAUGGAAGAAGGCGGUGGUGCCGGAAAAUCCGGUAAUGUUGUGCCCGCGAAAAAAUCGAAGCUCGAAAUUGAAGCCGCCAUUGCUGAGGGUCCCGUUGAAAAAUCGAUCGAAACGAAGGUUCCGAAGAAACGCGUGAAAUCAACGAGCUCGGAGGAUUACUCGACGAGCGACACCGACAGCUCCUCCAGCGAUACCGACAGCUCCGAAGAUUCUCACCGGAAACGAAAGAAGAAACAUAAAAAGCACAAGAAACGGAAGUCAAAAAGAGAUUCCAGCUCGGAUUCGGACAGUUAUUCCGAUUCUUCCAACUCGAGCUCGGAUGAGAGACACAAGAAAAAAUCGAAAAAAUCCAAGAGCAAGAACAAACAAGCGAAAAAGAAGAAAAAAGCUAAACACAAAUGACGCCGUUAGAUAAGUUCUGCUACUCGCAUCGGUCGAAAAUCCUGAAUUUUUCGAGCUCACGAGGAUAAGAGAGAACUUUAACAAUUUUUCGUUGUAAAAUAUUUCACGAUGUAGACGAAAAGAAAAAUGGCUAAACAUACAAAAAAAUACAAUUGAGUAACAAUUGCGUGACAACGAGGGACAUUUCAAGGACAUGGAGCAAAAGAGUGUGCGUUUCAUUGCUAUAAUAAAUAGCCAACGCGAAUGAUCGGUAUUUUUUCGAUACCGCUGUUUUCUAUCGAAAUUUCACGUCAUUUCGAGCAUCAAUGAUUUACUAUAUUAUUUUAAUCGGUAUUGAACUAUCCUGAUCCCGUCUCAUACAUGAAAGCAAAAAAAACAAAUAGUGCGAUAUACAAUGGAUGUAGCGGCUCCCAUUUUUUCCGCGUUAAGCAACCUAACGAAUAGACCCAGAAUAACGAGAAGAAGAAUUAAAUACGCCAGCUGAACCGGCAUCGCGUAUAGCAGCCAAUUAUUACCGAAUACCAGACCGGUAAUUUUUUUUGUUUUCCUUUCGUUUUUAAUUCAAUGAAUAACGAAAGCGCGCACGUCGUGAGGAAGCAUGGAAGAAAACACGACUCCUGGUGAAUUAAUAUUAAAGCUAUAUUGUACUUUGUAAUGUCGAUAUGUAAAAGUAGUCUUUAAAUAAUAAAACGAAACACAAGAAUUCUUCUAAA